UCUCUCUUGUGCUUCUCAGAGAGAAAGAGCGUGGGUGAGAUCCCAUAACUUACUUUUGAUUUAUAGUUCUAAUACGGUCUGAGAAAUGUCGGUUGAUGAAGUAAACGACACCAAAGAUGAGAACCAGGUGGAGGUAGUUUCUCAAGAACUUACCGCAAGGAAACUUUCAUGGCAAAAGUUGAGAAGAUCUGAUUCCUUGGAUAUUGAGUCCCGCAGGGUGUCUGGUCAUCAUGCUCAUGCCACCAAGGAAGGUGUGAAGUGGGAAGUGAUACUGCAACUAGCAUUUCAAAGCAUUGGAAUAGUGUAUGGAGAUAUUGGUACAUCGCCUCUAUACGUAUAUGCAAGCACUUUCACAGAUGGUAUACAUCACGAAGAUGAUAUACUAGGGGUUCUUUCUUUGAUUUAUUAUACUAUCACGUUGAUUCCUCUAAUCAAGUAUGUCUUCAUUGUCUUAAAGGCCAACGAUAACGGUGAUGGAGGGACGUUUGCUCUAUAUUCACUGAUAUGUCGAUAUGCGAAGGUGGGGUUAAUACCCAGUCAACAAACUGAGGAUUGUGAUGUGUCUAAUUUUCAGCUUGAGUUGCCUAGCAAACGUCUAAUGAGGGCUUCAAGACUUAAAAAUAAGCUUGAGAACAGUCGGUUUGCAAAGUUCUUUCUAUUGAUCGCCACCAUGCUUGGUACUUCCAUGGUCAUUGGGGAUGGUGUCCUCACUCCUUGUAUCUCAGUAUUGUCAGCUGUGGGAGGCAUCAAGGAAGCUACCCAUGUAAUGACAGAAGAUCGAGUUGUUUGGAUAUCAGUCGCCAUCUUGGUUUGCCUAUUCGCUGUUCAAAGAUUUGGAACUGACAAAGUAGGCUACACCUUUGCUCCAAUAAUCUGUGUUUGGUUUGCCUUCAUUGGUGGCAUUGGUGUCUAUAACUUCAUCAAAUUUGAUCCGUGGGUGAUUAAAGCUAUUAAUCCAGCAUACAUUGUGGGUUAUUUUGGAAGAAACAAGAAAAAUGCUUGGAUAUCCCUUGGUGGCGUUGUUCUUGCCAUAACAGGAACCGAAGCAUUGUUUGCUGAUGUCGGUCAUUUCACAGUCCGGUCUAUACAAAUAAGCAUGUGUUGUGUUACUUAUCCAGCACUCAUUUGCGCAUAUACUGGACAAGCCUCCUGGCUUCGCAAGCACCCUGAUCUUGUAGGCGAUACCUUCUUCAAGUCCACACCAGGUCGUUUGUAUUGGCCAAUGUUUGUGGUGGCUGUAUUGGCUGCAAUAAUAGCAAGUCAAGCUAUGAUUUCAGGGACUUUCUCUAUAAUUCAGCAAUCCCUUGCCUUGGGAUGUUUCCCUCGUGUGAAAAUCGUGCAUACAUCCACCAAAUAUGAAGGACAAGUUUACAUUCCAGAAGUUAAUUAUCUACUUAUGUUGGCUUGUGUUGGAGUUACUCUUGGUUUUAAGACAACUGUGAAGAUCGGCAAUGCUUACGGGAUAGCGGUGGUUUUUGUAAUGACAUUGACAUCAAGCUUGUUGAUUCUCAUCAUGAUAAUGAUAUGGAAAUCUAACAUACUUCUUGUUAUAUGUUAUGUCCUUAUCAUUUGCUCCGUUGAGAUUGUGUAUUUAAGUUCGGUCCUUUACAAAUUUGAUCAAGGAGGAUACUUACCAUUAGCCUUUGCUGCUCUUCUUAUGACAAUAAUGUAUGUUUGGAACAAUGUGUAUAGAAGGAAGUACUAUUAUGAGCUUGAACACAAGAUUUCUCCUGAAAGGGUAAAGGAAAUAUCUGCUGAUACAAAUUUCUAUCGAAUUCCUGGACUGGCCAUGUUUUACUCAGAGCUUGUUCAAGGGAUCCCACCAAUUUUCAAGCAUUAUGUGGCAAAUGUACCUGCAUUGCACUCAGUCCUUGUUUUUGUCUCUAUCAAAUCGUUGCCAAUUAGCAAGGUUCCGCCAGAAGAACGGUUCCUUUUCCGUAGAGUUGAACCAAUGGAUCUUAAUGUGUUUCGUUGUAUUGCAAGAUACGGAUACACAGAUGUGCGCAAUGAGGAAGAACCGUUUGAGAGAAUAUUAGUUGAAAAACUAAAAGAGUUCAUAAGAGAUGAUUAUUGGCUGUCGCAAACAAUCACCAAUCUUGAGGAGGUUGGAGAAGAGAAUGGAGAAUUUACUGAUGUGUCAAUUAAAGGUGAGAACGAACGUAAUGAGGAUGUCGGAUUCGUUCAAGAAGAACAGCAAAAAGAGUCAGUACUGGAGAGAGAGAUUGAAAUGGUGGAUAAAGCACUGCGUGCUGGUUGUGUUCAUUUGAUUGGUGAGAGUGAAGUGAUUGCAGGAAAAGGAUCUGGUAUUGGGAAGAGGAUUUUGAUAGAUCAUGCUUUCAAUUUCUUGAAGAAAAACUUGCGACAAAGUGAGAAAGUAUUUGACAUUCCUCACAAGAGGAUGCUCAAAGUGGGAAUGACUUACGAGCUUUAGAAAACGAAGUAAAGGUGGCUCAACGACCUUGAAAAUUUGGAAGCCAAGAUGUUUAUAUAGAGUUGAUAAUUAAUUUAUCAUAAAAGAGAUCUUGGCAUAACAGUAGAGGAGAAAUUCAGCAAUCAAGAAGUAUGCUCAUGUUUUAUAGAAUAAAUCUGAAUCACAGAUCAUGUAUAAGAAUGUUAUAGAUGCAUAUGGGCUUGGGUAUACCUAUGCAGUCGAAGUGGGUUUUGUGUUGUUGUUCAAGUAUGAUGUGUACAAGAUACUUCAUAAUUA